CCCCCGGGAGCGCAGGGCAGGCGGCGCGGAGCCGAGGCCUCCCCGGCGGCCCUCCCACGCAGGGCGGAACGCGCCGCGCGGGUCCGCGUUGCGCGGGGAAGGGUGCGCAGCGGCACCGGCCCGCGCCGGCGGCUGAGGGAGGGCCGCCAUGGCGGUGGACAUCACCCUGCUUUUCAAGGCCAGUGUGAAGACGGUGAAGACCCGCAACAAGGCGCUGGGGGUGGCGGUGGGGGACAGCGCCAGGGACGAGCUGCUCAAGCGGAGCGCCGCCCGUUCCAAGAGCGACUUCACCAGCCGGGCCCGAGAGGUGAUUUCUCAUAUUGGAAAGCUGAAAGAUUUUCUUCUCCAACACAGAAAGGAUUACAUUAAUGCUUACAGCCAUAUUAUGUCUGACUAUGUGAGGAUGACAGAUACGGAGCGUGAUCAGAUAGACCAAGAUGCUCAGAUAUUUAUGAGGACCUGUGCCGAUGCCAUUCAUCAGCUGCGAACAGAAGCACACAAGGGUGUCCAGUCUGCUCAGGUAAAGGAGCAUAGAACAGCUGUCUUGGACUUCAUUGAAGAUUACUUAAAAAGAGUGUGUAAGCUGUAUUCUGAACAAAGAGCCAUCCGUGUUAAGCGAGUAAUAGAUAAGAAGAGACUGUCCAGACUUGAACCGGAGCAGAGCAAUGUGUCCAAAUCACCUCUUUCCCCGGAAAAAUCUUCACAGAAUCCUUCAGAUGAUUCUGAAGAAAAGCUUUCUGCUGAGGAAAGCAAAGACAGGAAUCUGCCUGAUACCGAAAGUAACCUUGGAUUAUGGGGGGAUGGCAAAGGUGAAGAUGAGCUGUCACCUGAAGAAAUACAAAUGUUCGAACAGGAGAACCAGAGGCUUGUUGGCGAAAUGAAUAAUCUCUUUGAUGAAGUCAGACAAAUCGAAGGAAAAGUGGUGGAAAUCUCCAGAUUGCAAGAGAUAUUCACUGAAAAAGUCUUGCAACAGGAAACUGAUAUUGACAAUAUCCAUCAAUUAGUUGUGGGUGCAACAGAGAAUAUCAAAGAAGGGAACGAAGACAUACGAGAGGCCAUCAAAAACAAUGCUGGAUUUAGAGUAUGGAUCCUAUUCUUCCUUGUGAUGUGUUCAUUUUCCUUGCUUUUCCUGGACUGGUAUGAUAAUUAAUUAAAAGUCUAAUAUUGUUUACAUGCUUUGUUUGUAGAACUUUUGACAUUUUUUUCUAUGGAGCAGGGUAUACAGCAUACCUGUAUAUUCUAUGCAUUUUUUCAUACUGCUAUGAUGGAAAUAUUUUGCAAUAACUAAGCCUGUGUACAUAGCCACUAGUGCAGAGGGGGCUGACAGCAUUCAUUUUAAAUCCCUGUAUGGAACAUAAAUCCCCACUUAAUCCCACAAAUAACACAGAAACCUUUGAAAGUGCCGGUAAGAAAGCCACAAGCUGGAGCCCAGCUCACAUAGGGAAAAAACCAAACAGGACAAUGGUUUUAGCGUAGUCUCCCACACAUCAGCGAUGAAGGUUCCAAGUCCCGCUCCCAGCGUGCAGACCAGAUCAAGAGGAAACUGUCACUGUGCAAAAGCAUCGGCACCCUCUCGGGCUGUUAAUGCAGUGACACCACUUCGGCACACAGGGACCGCUUUGCACGUGUAGGAGCUCAACUCCUCCGCCUUUCAAACUCCUCCAGGCAGAGAUCAGGUUGAUUUAGUAAUAAUGAUAAAAAGUCAACUAAAAAGCUUUACUUCUAGGUGAAAAGAGAGAAUACACCACAAACAGACUGUGCCAUCAAACAGAUGUUCUGAGAUGUCAGAACAAAGUCAAAGGACAGACAAUAUUAAAGCCAAAAUACUCAAAGUACUAAAAUGGGGAGCAAAAUAAAAGAUCUCAAAACCAACUGCACAGAUGAAUCAAUACAUUCCCUCCUCUUAAAUCAGAGGAAAAAAAUGGUUUUGACUUCAAGAAGUAUAAUCAAUCUCUUUCUCCUAGAUGGUAAAGCUCAGUGGUUUUUAAUAUUUAUUGUUAUAAGAGAGAAAAACAAGUUGUUUCUCAUCAGUAUUUACUUGUGCAUUAAAGUUUUUAUUGUCCUAAAUUUAAGGGGAGAUGUAUCAAUGAAUCAUUUCUAUGUAGGACACUCUGGGGGGACAGAUCUUUCCAUCUUGUAAAAUCUGAAAUGUCCUCUGUAAAGAUGUUGAUAUGAAUGGUGUGGUUUGCUAUCGCUCCUCUGAAAUGUGUACUUCUAUACAUUAUAAGCAACAAGCAGCAGCAUCCUUAUUCUGUACUCUGCGCAGAGUGAAAAUGUCAAAAGUUACAUGUGAAUUGAAUUAAUUACAUUCAAUAAAGCAUAUGCCUAUUAGAAAAUACAAACAUGGUAUGUUUUGAAUAUCUUAAUGUAAGCUUGACGUUUUUAAAUGCAAAGAAAAAUUUGGCACACAAUUUAUUGCUUUUUAUGCAUUCCACAUACCAUAACGACUUAAUAAAAAGCCUUUUACAGCUAUUACUGUGUAAUGCACGUUUCGGAUCAAACCGAGAGAAUUAAGUAACAAUGGUUAUUUUUACUGUAUUGUCGAUAAAGUAAUUCUACCAGAGAAAAAAAUAAAGGUAGAGCUGACCAUGUUUGUUCUACUAUAGAUCUUGAUGUUUUCCCUUCAUACUAAAAAAAAAUAAAUAAAUAAUCUAGAACUUUUGACAUGUCCACUACACCUUGUCCCAUUCAAGUUACAUGAAGAAAAAAGGUGACUUGCUUGCCCAGAUGCUUCACACACUUACUUUG